AUGGACACUCCAGCGGACGCAGCAGCUGUCGCAGCAGCAGCAACAACAGCAGCAGACGCAGCAGCAGCAGCAGCAGCAGCAGCAGAUCAGCGACCCCCUUUGCCUUUUGCUCACGAGGAGAUUCCCUUCACAUGGAACGGAAUGCCUGUGGCUGCUGCUUCUGCAGCAGCAGCAACAGCAGCAACAGCAGGGGCUGCAGCAGGUACUCCUGUUGCUGCAGGAGGUUUGCCAGCAGGUCUGGAGCAGCAGCAGCAGCAGCCUCAGGGAGAAUGUGCUCCAUUUUUCAUGCAGCAGGAGCAGCAGCAGCAACAGCCGGAUGAUCAGCAGCAGCUGCAGCAGCAGCAGCAGCUACAACAGCCGCAUGAGCAGCAGCAGCAACCGCAGUACUCCUCUUGUCAAGAUAAUAUUCUUCAGCAGCAGCAGCAGCAGCAGCUUCCCUUUGAUGGGGGACAAGCAGCAGCACAAACAUCAGAGGCAGCAGCAGCUUUUGCUGCCCCUGGUGCUGUUGCUCAACCGGCUGCUGCUGCACCUGCAGCGGCAGGAGCAGCAGCAGGAGCAGCAGCAGCUGCUGCUCCAGCAGCGAGCAGCGGAAGAGGGGGACCAAUUGGCGUAGGUUUGCGAAGCGGCAGCGGCGGCGGCAGCAGCAGCAGCCGCAACAGCAGCAAGCCUGCUGCACGUCUUGCUGCUGCAUUAAGGAAGCUAGGUGUAGUAACAGGAGAUAAUGCUGCUGCUGCUGCUGCUGAGCUGCAGCAGCAGCUAAACUCGGGGGGUCGCUCCCUAAGGAGAGCAGCAAAAGGGGAAGGAUAUUUUAGGCGGAUACAAGGAGGCAUGCUGCUGCCUCCUGCUGCAGGUGCUGCUGCUGCUCCUGUUGCUGCUGCAGGUGCUGCUGCUGCUGGUGGUCCUGCUGCUGCUGGGGCUACGAGUACACUCAGCAGCAGCGCUGUCAGCAGUGAUGGCAAUUCAGAGGAAGCAAAGGCUGCAGCAGCAGCAGCUGCUGCUGCUGCUCCUAUUGCUGGAACUGCGGGCAAGAAGAAAACGCCCACGACCGGCAGCAGCAGCAGCAGCAGCAGCAGCCAGCGUAGACGCAACCAGAAGGCUCGCGCUGCUGCUGCUGCUGCAGGAGAGGGACCAAUAGAAUGUGGCGUAUGGGUAGAAGAGCUGACAGCAGCAGCAGCAGCUGCUGCAGGAUACACGCCUCAGCCACAGCAGCAGCAGCAGCAGCAGCCGCAGCAGCAGCAAGGUAGUGGGGUGUACAGAGUUCGGUGUAUAGGCAGCGCCGACCUUUCACUGGAUGUCGAUUCUGCUGCUGCUGCUGCUGCAGCAGCAGCAGCAGCAGGGGAGGUUGCUGUGUGUCUUGAAGCAUGUUUAAAGAUAGCGCAGCAGCAGCAGCAGCAGUUUCAGCAGCAGCAGCAGCAGCUCGCCGUUGCAGCAAGUGCAGUGCAGCCCCUGCAGCAGCAGCAGCAGCAGCAGUCGCAAGAGCAGGACUCACAGGGCAGCAACAGCAGCAGCAUCACGAAUAAUGCUGCUGCGCAGCUGCAGCAGCAGCAGUUCUUGCUGCAGCAGCAGCAGCAGAAGCUGCAGCAGCAGCGCCAGGAGGGAGUGUAUAGGAUUUGGCGUGUCUCGGAGAUUGCUGCGCUGCUGCACCCGCAGCAGCACCUACCUGCAGCAGCAGCAGCAGCAGCAGAUUCCCUUCAGUUCUCCACUCAAGGUUCAACAGAUGCUGCAUCACUGCAGCAGCAGCAGCAGCAACGAAAGGCGCAGAAGGCAGCAGCUGCUGCAGGAUUGCCGGGCUUGCUGCCCUCAACUGCAGCAGCAGUAGCAGCAACAGCAGCAGCAGCAGCAGCAGCAGCAGUCCCAAAGGGUCCUGUGAGGAACGCUCUUGGUAGAUGGGAGUCUCGCAACAAGCUUGUCCCUGCUGCUGCUGCUGCUGCUGCAGCAGCAACUGCUGCUGCUGCUGCUGCUCCAGCUGCAGCAGUACCUGCUGAUUCACCCCCACGAUUGGCUUUAAGUCCUGCUGCUGCUGCUGCCGCUGCUGCUGCUGCUGUGCUGCUGCCGUCAAAUAACCCAGGGUCUAGGCCCCCAGGUAUGAGUGCAAGUUCGAGGCGGCGGCGACUAGCAAAGGCGCGUGCUGCAGCAGAAGCAGCAGCAGCAGCUGCUGCUGCAGCAGAAGCAGCAGGGCUCGACCCAGAUACAGCAGCAGCAGCAGAUGCUGCAGCAUGGCAAGAGCAGCAGCAGCAGCAACAUUUGCUGCUAAUAGAUACAGCAACGGCUUCAUCUCCUAGCUGCUCAUGGGGGAGUGAAGCAGACAGUGCUGCUGCGCUGCUGCUGCUGCCGCAGCAGCCAGUAGGUGCAGCAGCAGCAGCAGCAGCACGGGCUGCAGCACUAGCUGAGGCUUGUCAGCAGCAAUCUGCUACCUGGGCAGCAGCAGAAGAAGCAGCAGCAGCAGAUGUACAACGCCGCAUAGAUAGGGAAAAAAGAAUAAUGGAGGUGGUUUGCGGCACCCCUGCUGCUGCUGCUGCUGCUGCUGCUGUUAAGGAUGCUGCUGCUUCUGCUGCUGCUGGUGUAAAGCAGGAGGGAAAGGAUGAGAAGAGCGAGCCAAGUUUUACCAGCACCAGCAGCAGCAGCAGGCGCACCAGCAGCAGCAGCAGCAUGUGUGACUUGAAGCCCCCAUCUGCUGCAGCAGCGGCAGCAGCAGCUGCUGCUGCAGGAGACAACUGUCUCCUUGUGCUAGGAGGGGGACAGGCACAGUCUCUUACGCUGCUGCCUGAUGGGCAGAUUAAGCGAUCAGAUGCAGCAGAAGAUACAGCAGCAGAUGCAGCAGAUGCAGCAGAUGCAGCAGAUGCAGCAGCAGCAGAUGCAGCAGAUGCAGCAGCAGCAGCAGACGGUUUAGAGGCAGCAUUAGAGCCUUUUUUCUCUGCAGCAGAGAAAAGGAGACAAAAAGGAGACAGUGAUCCCUUUGGUUAUAUACAGAGGGCAUUAGAUAUGCUGCAGCACAGUAGAGGAGACACUCCUGCAGCAGCAGCAGCAGCAGCAGCAACAGCAGAAGCAGCAGCAGCACAAUACACAGAAUGGCUACUAAGCAAAGGCAAUGCUGCUGCUCUUGAUGCCCUCGCAUCGAGUCUUACUUGGCUAUCUAAGGAUGCAGGCAAGCCCCUUGCUGCUGCUGCUGCUGCUGCUGCAGCUGCAGCUGCUGCUUCUGCUAGCCAGCAUCAGCAGAAACAAUCUGACGAGGGGGUGCAUAGGGAAGACGAAGAAGGCAGCAGCAGCAGCAGCAGCGACAGCAGCAGCAGCAAAACCUCUGCUGCUCUAAACCGUCUUGGCACAUCCUCCCAUGACUCUAGCAGCAGCAGCAGCAACAGCAGCAGCAGCAUCGGCAGCAGCAGCGGGAUAUCUGCAGCAGAUUGGGCCCCUGUGCUCAAGAGGCAGAAGGAGAAGGUGGAGAGUUUAUCAGCAGCAGCAGACGAAGUGCUGCAGCAGCUGCAGCAGCUGCAGCAGCAAUUCCCUUGGGCAGCAACAUUAAAUUGCUGCUUCUUCUCUGGGUCUCCUCAAGCAGCAGCAGGAGGACUUGCUAAGCAGCUGCAGCGCCGUUUGCUGCAGCUAGGUGUAUUAGCUGAUGCAGAAACACCUGCUGCUGCUGCUGCUGCUGCUGCUGCUGCUCCAGGUCCUGCUGCUGGUGCUGCUGUUCAAGGGUUUGCAGCAGCACCUGCAGCAGGAAACAGCAGCAACACGGCAGCCGCCGUCUUGCCGCAUGCGCAGGCUAUCGAUACAACUGCAGCGGCAGCUGCAGCACCAACAGCAGCAGCAGCAGCAGCAGCAGCAGCUGCUGCUGUUGCUGCUGCUGCAAAUGGCCGUCAGGGGAACAAUUCUAGCAGCAAGAAGUCUUCGGGUGCACCAACAGCAGCAGCACCAAAUACAGCAGCAGCAAAUGCAGCAGCAGCAGCUGCAGCAGGGGGAUCUUCAAGGAGCGUUAGGAGACCGCCGCCUGGCAACCGCAGCACGAGCACUGCAGCAGCAGCAACAGCAGCAGCUACUGCUGCUACUACUGCUGCUGCUGCUGCUGCUUCGCCUGUUCCUUCAUUUGCUUCGGGCAGCAGCGACCAAAGACAGCUGCCGCAUAUGUCUGGUAUACAAGAGGAAGACAACCAGCUGCAGCAGCUGCAGCAGCAGCAGCAACAGCAGCAGCAGCAACAGCAUGGCCUGCUGCUGCAAGGAGAGUCUCCCUCAAGGCACAUGGGGUACGCUGCUGCUGUUGGGCUUCCAUCUGCUGCUUCGCCUACCUUGCAGCAGCAGCAGCAGCAACAACAACACAAGGGGGGGCCGCAGCAGCAGCAACAGCCGCCGCAGCAACAGCAGCAGGUACAGUUGCUGCACAGACAGCAGCAGCUCCCAGGACAGCUGCCAGCAUCGGGUUUGCAGCAGCAGCAGCAGCCACAGCAGCAGCAACAGCAACCACCACCACCACAACAACAGCAGCAGCAACAGCAGCCACAGCAACCACAGCCGCAGCAUCAGCAGCUGCUGCUAAACCCCAAAGCAGCAGCAGCAGCAGGCGGUGCUGCUGCAGUAGGAGGAGGAAGCGAAAUGUUCUCCCCUCCAUCUCAGCAGCAGCAACAGCAGCAACACCUCCAGCCGCAGCACCUGCAGCCGCAGCACCUGCAGCAGCAGCACAUGCAGCCGCAGCAGCACAUGCAGCAGCCGAACCUGCAGCAGCAGCAGCUGAUGCCUCAUCAUGGGUAUGUAUACGGUCCUCAGCAGCCCCUGCUGCAGCAGCAGCAACAGCAGCAACUGCAGCAGGAUGCGGUCUUUGGGCGCAUGCACGUGGGUCUUCCCUACUCGGAGGAACAGCAGCAGCAGCUGCUCCAGCAGCAAUUCCACCAACAGCAGCAGCAACAACAGCAGCAGCAGCAGAGAGUGCCGCAGCAGCCGCAUGCAACUCUGCAGCGCCAAAUGGUGGUGCCAUAUGGCAUGCAGCAGCAGCAGCAGCAAGAUUUGCUGCUGAUGCACCACGUGCAGCCACAGCAAAUUCCCCUGCAACAGCAGCAGAUGCCUCUGCAGCAGCAGCAGCAGCAACCGUGUCUGGUGCCCCAGCAGCAAGCACUGCAAGACCCUCGCUACAGGGUGCCUGUACAGCAGCAGCAGCAGCAGCAGCUCAUGCUGCAGCAGCAGGGAAGCAUGAUGUGCAUGCAGCAGCAGCCGCAGCAGCAGCAUAUGCUUGAGCAGACGCUGCAGCAGCAACCCUACAUGCUAACUGGGGGGCCUGUGGGGCCCCCGCACCCUUCACAGCAGCAGCAGCAGCAGCUAAUGCUGCUGCUGCCAGGGCAGCACCAAGACCCAGCAGCAGUAGUAGCAGCAGCAGAAGCUAAGCCUGGUUCGAGUAUGCACAGGCCAACUGCUGCAGCAGCGGCAAGCAGCAGUGACUAUGUGGGUAGCCCUGCUGCUGCUGCUGCUGCUGCUGGUUCUAUCAGCUCAGGCAGCAGCAACAGCAGCAGCAGUGCCAGCGAGCAGCGCAAGCGAGAGAGGAGCUCGAGGCCCUCUAAGAGCCGGCCUGCCAAGACACAGCAGCAACAGCAGCAGCAACAGCAGCAACAGCAGCAGCAGCCUGCUCCAGCAGCAGCAGCAGCAGCAGCAGGAGCAGCAGGAGCAGCAGCAGCAGCAGCGUGGGAGACAGACAAGAACGCCUUAAAGAGACGCAGAGGGCGAAGCUUCAAUGGGAAAAAUGAUAUUAGCAGCAGCAACAGCAGCAGCAACAGCAACAGUAUUUGCAGCAGCAGUAGCGUAGGCAGCAGCAGCAACAGCAUCAGCAGCAGUAGCAGCAGCAGCAAUAGCAGCGGCAGCAGCAGCAUAUCUGCUGCAGCUCAGUUGGCAAAGGCAGCAGCAGCAGCAGCAGAUGGAAUAGGCGGCCCAGGAGUGCCUUUGCCUCCUGCUGCAGCAGCAGCAGCAGCAGCAGCAGGUGCAGCAACAGCAGCAGCUGCUGUUGCUGCAGCAUUUGAAUCUUCUUCUGCCCCUCUUGCUGGCAGCAGAGAGAGUCUAAGCGAUGCGUCACCUGUAGAGACACCCGAGAUGUGGGGCCAUUUUGCUGCUUAA